AGCACAGGUGCUACUACCUGGGCAUUAAGGUGUGGGGAGCACCAUGAGGAAAAUCCUGUUGGGUUGGGGGCUGAUGCUGACGGCUGGGGUAAUGGGGGCUAGCGUAGUGGGUGCUAGUGGAGGAGGAGGAGGUGGUAGAGGGCAGAGGCGCAGAGGAGAAAAGCGCAGGGGGCUCCAUCGUGUCCAGCACGGCCACUGCAGCUACACCUUCAUCCUACCAGAGAUGGAGCGCUGUCAGGCCAGCCCGGUCCAAUACGGCAGCACCAACAUGGUUCAAAGGGACAAACCACCCCCUGCAGAGAGUGACUGGUCUGCGCAGAAAUUGCAGCACCUGGAGACGGCCAUGGAGAACAACACGCAGUGGCUGCAGAAGCUAGAAACGUAUAUCCAGGAAAACAUCAAGAUGGAGAUGGUGCAUAUUCAAGACCAUCCAGUACACAACCAGACUGCUACCAUGCUGGAAAUCGGAACUAACCUGUUGACUCAGACUGCAGAACAGACCCACAAGUUAAACGUUGUCGAGGCUAAGGUUAUGAACCAGACAUCAAGAAUUGAGAUCAAGUUGUUGGAGAACUCAUUAUCUACAGACAAACUGGAGAAGGAAUUAUUGGUACAGACUUCUAAAAUCACUAAACUGCAAGACAAGAACAGUCAUUUGGAGAACAAGGUGCAGGUGUUGGAGUCACAGCAGCGGGACGACCUGGAGGACAUGAGGGAGGAGAAGAAUAGGCUACAAGGACUGGUGAGGACCCAGACGACAGCCAUCGAGGCUCUAGAGAGGCAGCUGAGGGUGGCCAGCACCAACAACUCAGCCCUGCAAAGGCAGCAUCAGCAGCUCAUGGAGUCGGUCCACACGCUCAUCAACAUGGUGUCUACCGGUACAGGGAUAUUGCUGAGAGACCAGAGGUUUUGUGAUUGUGCAGAAGCCUAUAAAGCAGGACACAACAUCAGUGGAGUCUACUACAUAUACAUCAGUAACAUGACAGAACCCACCCAGGUGUUUUGUGACAUGGAGACUAGUGGUGGAGGCUGGACUUUGUUCCAGCGCAGGGUCAACGGCAGUGUGGACUUCCAGAGAACAUGGAAGGAAUACAAAAUGGGUUUUGGGGACCCUGCGGGAGAGCACUGGCUUGGGAAUGAGCUGGCGUUUCAGAUGACCAGUCAGACCCAGUAUGCCCUGAGAGUGGAGCUGAGAGACUGGGAGGGGAACACACCCUACUCCCACUACGACAAGUUCCAACUGGCCAGUGAGAAACAACAAUACAGGCUGUUCCUGUGGGGCUACAGUGGAACAGCGGGAGAGCAGAGCAGCCUGGUAUCGCAUGGCACCAGCUUCAGCACCCGCGACGCCGACAACGACAACUGCCUGUGCAAGUGUGCCCUCAUGCUGACUGGGGGUUGGUGGUUUGACGCUUGUGGCUUGUCCAACCUCAACGGCAUUUACUACACCGUGGGCCACAACAUCCGCAAGCUGAACGGCAUAAAGUGGCAUCACUUUCGGGGACCGAGUUAUUCACUUAGUUCAACAGCCAUGAUGAUCCGACCAUCCGACUUCUAAGACCGGACAGUCAUUUGGAGAGGGGAAGGGCUGUGAAUGGGAAAGGGACAGUCAUUUGGAGAGGGGAAGGGCUGUGAAUGGGAAAGGGACAGUCAUUUAGAGAGGGGAAGGGCUGUGAAAGGGACAGUCAUUUGGAGAGGGGAAGGGCUGUGAAUGGGAGCGGGACAGUCAUUUGGAGAAGUGAAGGGCUGUGAAUGGGAAAGGGACAGUCAUUUGGAGAGGGGAAGGGCUGUGAAUGGGAAAGGGACAGUCAUUUAGAGAGGGGAAGGGCUGUGAAUGGGAAAGGGACAGUCAUUUGGAGAAGGGAAGGGCUGUGAAUGGGAAAGGGACAGUCAUUUGGAGAGGGGAAGGGCUGUGAAUGGGAAAGGGAUAGUCAUUUGGAGAGGGGAAGGGCUUUGAAUGGGAAAGGGACAUACAUUUCUUUGCCUCAUUGUCUCCAGGACAAAGGCAGGUGUAAAUUUAUGUUUUUAAUAGCAAACAAUGAAUCAGUCACUGGAUGACUGGGUGUCAUAUAGUACAAGCGAAAACGUUGGGAGUCAGCAGAAGAGACCAGACUGAUAGUCUUCGUCACUUGGCACCUUUAUGCAGUGUAGAUCUGGCCUCAGCUCUUUUUAAUAUAUACUAUAAGGUGCCAGAUUCUCAGUCUUCUGAUGUCUUGCUUUACCAUACUGUGCUAGUGAUGUCAAAAAUACACAUUUACACAGCUCCCUCACACCCUCAGUGUUUAUUCCAGAACAUUCUGAAGCUGUCAUCAUCAAGACAACAUCAAAUGAAUAUAUAGGAAUGUCUCAUCUCCAUGAGCCAAGAGGACUAUUUUAAAUUAACCACAGAUAAAUACACCAAGACAAAGAAAUGGAGAUUUUGGCCAGAAUGUGCCAGAAUAUUUUAUGAUUGACAAGAUGUGAUAUGGACAGGUCAUACUGUGAGGCCUGCUUAUGAAAUAUUUCAACAUUCCAACUUUUUUUUUGCAAAAUUGUAUUUGUGUACUGUAAAUGUGAGCUAAACUUUGACAUAAUUGUUUUGCAUAACUGGAUUGUAUGUUUAAAUUUUGGGUUCAUUGCUCUGCCAUUUCGUGUGAAUCUGUUAAUAUUUCUCUAAGCUUGUUUUUUUCUAUUAAGGAUAUCUCUACAUUCCUUUUUUAUGUACUUUUCUCUAUAUGCGCAUUCUGACCUUGAAUUUAAGCAUGAGUAUAGAAUGCUAUUCACCCACUAUUAGUUUGGGGUGGAGAUGAAAUAAAUGAAGGUGCGGCGGAGGUGUGUCUACAGAUACUCUGUAUUCUGGCCUUGACUUAAUUCCCUAAUAAUUCAACCACAUUUAUGCGUGAGGAAACCAUUAAUAAAGUUUAGCGACCCUACCAGUUCAAAGUGGGAAAAGCAUCUACUAUAUUUUCAGAUAGAAAUAACACCAUUCUCCAUGCACUGUAAAUUACAACUUGAGCUAUUGAUACGAGCUAAAAGACAUGUAGUCUAAUUAAAUCGUUAUGGAGCUGUCACGCCCUGACCUUGGUUAUCUUUGUUUUCUUUAUUAUUUUGGUUCGGUCAGGUUGUGACGAGGGUGGUAUGUGUGUUUUUGUCUUGUCUAGGUUUUUUUGUAUUCUAUGGGGUUUUGGUAUGUCUAUGUUUAUGUAGGUUUAUGGUGGCCUUGGCCGGGCUAGAAUGGGCAUCCAGCCAGGAAGGAGGGUGCCGGCUUAGCGCUCCUGGUCUCCAGUAUACCUCCUUGGACCAGGAAAACCUGCGCCGGCUCUGCGUACUGUGUCUCCGGUGAGUCUGCAGGGUGAAAAUAAACAUC